GGACGCGUCCUUUGAAGGCUGCAGUAUACCGAGCGUCCUCCUUUAAACAAAUUUCGUUUAAACGAGACGGCUUUCGUUGGACAAACGGAAACGGAACGUAACAUGGUUGCUAUGACAGCACGGCACUCUUUAACAAGCGUGAGGGCUUUGAGUGAGAAGGGAACAAAGUCCCUUUAGAAGGGAAUGUAUGAGGUACAUUUUAGGCGAGUUAUAAUGAUGUAAAGAGAAAAGAAAAUAGAUUUUACAGCUGUACUUUUAGUCUAAUACUUUAUUUUAAUUAUAUAUUAAUAUAAUUAUAUAUAUUAUAUACUCUGCACCCAUCUACUGGGGUACUUCAACUUGGGAAUUAACAUUCCUUGAGUUUGAACAUCAUAUUUACGGGCAAAUUGGCGUUAUUUUUUUUUUUUUUUUAGACAUUUCCGUUGAAGCAAAGAAUUGUGGGUUGUGAGUGCCCACGAAGGAUACACCUCAUGCAUCCUCCGAAUUCCCGUGAAAGAAGGUCGCAUUCGAAGUGUCCUAUUCGCUUUUCUGAAAGGAGACAGCCUCGAUGACAAAUGCGGCCUCCGUAGGACGCAUUCUUCCAAAUGAGACACAGCCUUUGAUCCGACGCCAAGAAAUCACUCUACAUAAUUAAAGUCCGAAAAUCCCGGAUAACAUCUUCCGGUUUCCGGUUGGGCGGACUGAUCCAGGAUCAACCGUGUUAACUUUUCAUCCAAUAGAGUGUCGCUAGUGAGCUGACGAGCUGAUGCCAGAUCUACAGUUAGAAACAGCCUGACAUUUCUAUUGCAAUGCUGAUACAUAAUAACAAACGAAGUGGCUCGUUUAUGUAAAUGUCAGUAUAUUGUAUCAUUUCACGUAUUAUUGGUAGUAUCGUUUAUCUUACCUUAGGCAAAAUGUACAGCGUCUUUUUAAUUAAGCUGAGAGAAAAUAAUUCGAACUGACCAGAUACUGCUUAUCUAUUGACAGCGCGCUGGGGCUCAAAAAUCAGGUAGAGAUUUGUCUUUGGGACAAACAUCUCUGAUCCGGCGAGAUGGGGAAUCAGCUGGCUGGAAUUGCUCCAUCACAGAUUCUUUCAGUGGACAGUUACUUCUCCGACAUCCAUGAUUAUGAGUAUGACAAAAGUCUGGGCAGUACAAGGUUUUUCAAAGUGGCCCGGGCCAAACAUCGAGAGGGUUUAGUGGUGGUUAAGGUCUUUGUGAUCCAGGACCCGUCACUGCCCCUGACCAGCUAUAAACAAGAGCUGGAAGAGCUGAAAAUCAGACUGCACUCCUGUCAGAACUGUUUGCCCUUUCAAAAAGCCACACUUACUGAGAAAGCAGCCAUACUCUUUCGCCAAUAUGUCCGCGAUAACUUGUAUGACCGUAUCAGUACACGGCCAUUUCUCAACAAUGUGGAGAAGAAGUGGAUUGCCUUCCAGCUCCUCAAUGCCGUGGAUCAGGCCCAUAAAUCUGGUGUGCGUCACGGCGACAUUAAAACGGAGAAUGUCAUGGUAACAAGCUGGAACUGGGUAUUGCUCACAGACUUUGCUAGUUUUAAACCCACAUACUUACCUGAAGAUAACCCUGCAGAUUUCAACUACUUCUUUGACACGUCCAGGAGGAGAACGUGCUAUAUUGCUCCAGAGAGAUUUGUGGAUGGCAGCAUGUUUGCCACAGAAAGUGACCAGACAACUCCACUUGUGGAUCUCUCCAGCAAUAGCCAAAGAACCAGGGGAGAGCUCAAGCAACCCAUGGAUAUCUUCUCAGCUGGAUGUGUGAUUGCAGAGCUGUUCACAGAAGGGGUUCCACUAUUUGAUCUCUCACAGCUGUUGGCUUACCGCAAAGGACAUUUCCAAACCGAACAAGUGCUGAGGAAAAUUGAGGAUUGCAGUAUUAGAGAACUGGUGGCUCAGAUGGUGCAGCGAGAGCCGGAAAAGCGCCUGACAGCUGAAGAAUACCUCAAACAGCAGCGAGGCAAAGCAUUCCCUGAAAUCUUUUACACCUUCUUGCAGCCCUACAUGGCUCAGUUUGCUAAGGAGACCUUCCAGUCUGCUGAUGAAAGGGUGUUGGUGAUCCGUAAGAACCUGGAGAACAUCCUCAAUAACCUGUGCAGUGGCAGUCAGGCAGGGAAAGCUGAAAAACAGGAGAAGGCGUCUCAAGAACUUUGUUCUUCUAAGGAGCAUGGGCUGGUGGUGCUAGUGUCAGUGAUCACAUCCUGUCUGCAGACGCUGCGCUUUUGCGACUCCAAGCUGGCAGCGCUGGAGCUGAUUCUUCAUUUGGCGGGCCGGUUGAACGUGGAGAUCCUGCUGGACAGGAUCACACCGUACUUGCUGCACUUCUGCAAUGACUCAGUGCCACGCGUCAGGGCUGAGGCUGUGCGCACACUGACUAAAGUGCUGGCGCUGGUCAAGGAGGUUCCUCGGAAUGAUGUCAACAUCUAUCCAGAAUACAUCUUGCCUGGGAUUGCGCACCUGGCACAAGAUGACGCCACGAUUGUUAGGCUUGCUUAUGCAGAGAACAUCGCCCACUUGGCUGAGACAGCACUGCGCUUUCUGGAGCUGGUGCAGGAGAAUAAUUUGAGCUCUGAACAAGACCUGAAUGGAGAAGACACAGAGGAAACUCUUCACCCCAAUGAAAACUAUGAUUCAGAGCUGCAGGCCUUGCAUGAGAUGGUUCAACAGAAGGUGGUGACUUUGCUCAGCGACCCUGAUAACAUUGUCAAACAGACGCUGAUGGAGAACGGCAUUACUCGCCUUUGCGUGUUCUUUGGCAGACAGAAGGCCAACGAUGUACUUCUCUCCCAUAUGAUAACCUUCCUCAAUGACAAGAAUGAUUGGCACCUCCGUGGAGCUUUCUUUGACAGUAUAGUGGGUGUAGCUGCAUAUGUUGGCUGGCAGAGUUCCUCCAUCCUGAAGCCUCUUCUGCAGCAAGGCCUGAGUGACGCUGAGGAGUUUGUCAUUUACAAAGCUCUCAACGCUCUAACUUGCAUGUGUCAGCUGGGGCUACUGCAGAAACCUCACAUCUACGAGUUUGUCAGUGACAUUGCUCCUUUCUUGUGUCACCCCAAUCUGUGGAUCCGCUAUGGAGCCGUGGGUUUCAUCACCGUGGUUGCUCAGCACCUAAACGUCGCUGACGUUUAUUGCAAACUCAUGCCACAUCUCAACCCCUUCUUCACCCAGCCUAUUAUACAGAUUGAUAAGGAGAUUGUGCUGCUCAGUGUGCUGAAGGAACCAGUAAGUCGCUCCAUCUUUGACUAUGCACUGCGCUCUAAAGACAUUGGUAGCCUCUUCAGACACCUGUUGCUCCGGCAAAAAAAACGCAACGGCUCCAUUCCAGAAUGCCCCAUUCCAGAGGAUCCUGCGAUCGCCCAGCUGCUUAAGAAACUGCUCUCACAGGGAAUGACGGAGGCUGAGGAAGACAAGCUCUUGGCUCUAAAAGACUUCAUGCUUAAGUCCAACAAGGCUAAAGCCAACAUUGUAGACCAGAGCCACAUGAAUGACGGAGCUCACAGUGGAGUCAUUGAUCUCGGUAAUCUGGGCAUCAGUGGCCGACGGGUGGACCUGAUCAAACCCAAGCAGGAGUCAGAAGACAAGAGAGCUCGCAAACAUACAAAACAAGACUCCAACUUGAACGAAGAGUGGAAGAGCAUGUUCGGUUCUCUGGACCCUCCCAGUUCAGCGCAGACUCCACCGACGGUACCUAAUGUUCUAGUUCCGAGCGGUGGUGGGGAGCCCAAUGGAACUCUGGCUGGAGAGCGCCUGCAAUCUGAGAGUUCCUCACAGCCUCUUAACCUCUCUCAUGUUCCAUCCUCAGCCCAGGUGAAUGAGGGCGGAGCCGUGCAGCCCAGGAAAACCACAGCACUCCCCACUAUUCAGGUGGUACAGUCCUUAACCGGAGUGUCCACGUACCAGCGGCGCAUCACCACAUGCAAGGCAGAGCUGCAGCAGCUUGUGCAGCAGAAGAGAGAGCAAUGCAAUGCAGAGCGCAUGGCCAAGCAAAUGAUGGAGAGUUCAGAGUGGGAGAGCAGGCCUCCGCUGCCAGGGUGGCAUCCAAAAGGUCUACUGGUGGCCCAUCUCCACGAGCACAAAUCCGCAGUAAACCGAAUUCGAGUGUCCGAUGAGCACUCCGUCUUUGCUACAUGCUCCAACGAUGGAACUGUAAAGAUCUGGGACAGUCAGAAAAUGGAGGGUAAAACAACCACCACAAGGUCUGUGCUGACAUAUUCUCGGAUUGGAGGCCAUGUGAGAACACUGACCUUCUGUCAGGGGUCGCAUUACCUUGCUGUUGCAUCAGACAAUGGUUCCAUCCAGCUUCUUGCUGUUGAGGCAAACAAGCCACCCAAAUCGCCCAAAGUCCAGCCCUGUCAGACCAGGUUCUUAGAUUUGAAGGAUGAGGGCUGUGCGGUGGACAUGCAUCACUUUAACUCGGGGGCACAGACGGUGCUGGCCUAUGCCACUGUGAAUGGCUUCUUGGUGGGUUGGGACCUCCGCAGCAACAGCAACGCUUGGACCCUCCGCCACGACCUGCGUCUGGGCCUCAUCACUUCCUUUGCUGUGGAUAUGCACCAGUGUUGGCUUUGUGUGGGCACAAGCAAUGGCACAUUGGCUUGCUGGGAUAUGCGGUUCCAGCUACCAAUAUCCAACCACUCCCAUCCAGCCCGAGCCCGAAUCAGACGCCUGCUGAUGCAUCCACUCUACCAGUCCUCUGUAAUUGCAGCUGUCCAAGGCAACAAUGAGGUGUCCAUGUGGGACAUGGAGACAGGGGACAGAAAGUUCACCCUGUGGGCAAGCUCUGCACCCCCGCUUUCAGAGAUGCAGCCAUCUCCUCACAGUGUUCAUGGGAUAUACUGCAGCCCUGCUGAUGGCAACCCACUCUUACUUACAGCUGGAUCUGACAUGAGAAUCAGGUUUUGGGACCUGGCCUAUCCCGAAAGAUCUUACAUUGUCGCAGGUGGUGCCAAUGACUCUCUUCACUGCCCUUCUGUGUUCUACAAUCGUAAGAUCAUAGAGGGAACAGAAGUAGUGCAGGAGAUUCACAGUAAGCAGAAAAGUGAAUCCACAGAGGACCUACCUCGCCGUGGCCCAGAAUCCUUCCCGGUGGGUCACCAUGACAUCAUUACUGACAUUGCUACUUUUCAGACCACCCAGGGCUUUAUAGUCACGUCCUCUAGAGAUGGUAUUGUCAAAGUGUGGAAAUGAGUGACAUACUGUGCCAUGAUGGUAGAACACCUUAGUAUGGAUGUCCAAAGAAUUUCAAUGUAAAUUUAAAUAUAAUGCCAAUUAAUAUAAUUAAGUCUAAUACAAAAAAUCAAGUGUAUAAAACAAUGUAAGCCAACAGUUUGUGUGUGAAUAGUUUGCUUUGUGUGUUUUGGUGUGCAACUGCUUAAUGUGGAUAUGAAGGUCAGUUUAGUCACAAUGCAUAAAACUGGACAUUGCGAAGCCGAAACAUGUUUAAAGUGUUUGCAGGUCAUGUUCUCACUGGCACACAAUACAGUAAAUACAUGUAUUAGUGUUGUUGCUGCACAGCAAAUGUAAGCAUGUGUAGUUGUGCUUUUUGCUUGAUAUCUGAGCGAGACAUCUGAACAAUAGGGCUGAAACUUGCAACAUAAUCAUUUUUAUAGUCAUGGAUAUUGAAUGAAGAUUAGAUCAGAAAGUGCUUACGUGGUUCAUUUUGCCUCUCACCUAACUUGUCGAGAACUUGUCUGGGUCAUAUUUCAUUCCAAAAUCAAAAGAAAGAGAAAAUAAAGCCUAUUUUAGGACUGUCGAUUGUUAGCAAUGUAUUGACAUUUUAACGUUAAUGUCACUUUUAAACGCUAGUUCACCCAAAAAUGAAAAUUCUCUCAUCAUUUAUUCACCCUCAUGCCAUCCCAGAUAUGUGACUUUCUUUCUUCAGUAGAACACAAACAAAGAUUUUUAGAAAAAUAUCUUUAGGUCCAUACAAUGCAAAUGAAUGGUAAUCAGACCUUUUGUAGCUCCAAAAAUCACAUAAAAGUAAUCCAUAAGUAAUCCAGUGGUUAAAUCAAUAUCUUCAGAAUCAGUAUAAUAGGUGUGGGUGAGAAACAGAACAAUAUUUAAGUCUUUUUUUACUCUAAAUCUCCACUUUCUGAUGUGAAAGUGAAACUAAACAGGCACCACGUGAUUUUCAGAUGUAAAAGUGAACGUGGAGAUUCAGAGUAAAAAAAGGACUUACAUUUUUAUCUGUUUCUCACUCACACCUAUUAUAUUGCUUCUGAAGAUAUGGAUUUAACCACUGGAGUCAUAUGGAUUACUUUCAUGCUGCCUUUAUAUACUUUUUGGGGCUACAAAGGUCUGAUCACCAUUCACUUGCAUUGUGAGGACCUACAGAGCUGAGAUAUUCUUCUAAAAAUCUUCAUUUGUGUUCUGCAGAAGAAAGUAAGUCACACACAUCUGGCAUGGCAUGAGGGUGAGUAAAUGAUGAGAGAAUUUUCAUUUUUGGGUGAACUAUCCCAUAAUGUUAAUUACUGUAAUGUAUAAACAAUGCUAUUUUGUAUAAAUUGUCAAGUAUUUAUACAUCAUAAUAGUAUUUGUUGGACUGCUUUUACGCUGAUUUAAAUGUAAAAAUCUUUGUAUUACAGUAUUUAUUUAUUUUUUUGUCUUUAAAAAAUGUUACAAUGGAAAAAAUCUUAAUGGCCCUAAAAUAAGCUGCUGCUUUUUUUCCUUGAUUGUGGGGUGAACUAUGACCUGGACAUUUUAAUGAGAUUCAUCCGUUUGAAUUUUUCCAAGUAAGUAAAAUGCACAUCAGAAGUAGAGGCAACACUUAUUUAAACUUUAAACGAUUUUAUGUUAUUAAAAAACUCAGUUUUCAUCAGUAUCAAAAAGCAUAUUGCACAUUAAUAGUGCUGUCACAUACAGUAGACAAUGUCUUAUAUACAGUACAUCAGUAUUAUAGUACAAAUUAUUGAUGUACUGUAUAUAUAUAUAUAUAUAUAUUAAAAAAAAAACAA